AUGGUAACAUGGAUACCAGGAUUUAUUGAUCAUGGUGGUAUUGCAACACAAGAUUGUUAUAAAAUUGAUAUGAAUACCUAUCUUCUUCUCAUCAAUGCAUUAUAUUUCAAAGGAAUGUGGAAACAUAGUUUCGAUAAAAAUAAAACAUUCGACAAAAGUUUCUAUGUUGAUAACAAUACUCCGAAAAACGUUCCAACUAUGCAAGUAACUUCUGAAAUAUUUUAUAAAAGCCAUGAAGGACUUGGUGCUGAAAUUGUUCGGCUUCCUUAUCAGAUGGGAAUUAAAGAUGCAUUUACAUCCAAAGCCAAUUUCCAUGGAAUCACUGAACAAAAUGACAUUUCUAUCAGUAAAGUUAUACAACAAGCAUUCAUCGAAGUAAAUGAGGAUGGCACUAAAGCUGCUGCUGCAACACAUAUGGGUAUUAUGCCCUUGUCAGCGUAUGGAGGUCCUCUUGACAUACAUGUAAAUCGUCCGUUUCUUUUUCUUUUGGCAACCGAACGUGUUAUUCUUUUUACAGGAUAUGUCAACGACCCAACUACAAAAUAA